AUGAAGGCUCCGGAGCAGUGCCUCCUCCUCACCCAUAACUCCAGCCUCAUUACGACCAGCCCAGGCCAUAAUGUGGGGAAUCAAAGCCGGAUCCCCGGAGGCCCCCCGCACAGCCCCCAGGACUGCGACAGGGUCCACCAAGGAUCCUCGGAUCUGCGGGCCCCAGCCAGCACCCCUCUGCGCAAGGAGCAUGGCGCAUACCAGAUUCGGGACCUGUGGAGGCACUGCCUGGUGACCCCGCCUCGGAGGCUCCAGGGGGGCGCGGGCGGGACCCUGGGGACCGUCCAUGUCCAGGCUGCGCUGUCGCCCGCGCUGCUGCUGUUGCUGCUCCUGCUGCCACCGCCGCCACUGCUGCUGGGAGGCCUGUGGGCGGCGGGCACGCCAGCACCAGCCGCGCCUGGGGCUCCGCAGGAAGGUGCACUGGGCACUGGCCGCGUGAAGCGCGGCUGGGUUUGGAACCAGUUCUUCGUGGUGGAGGAGUACACGGGCACGGAGCCCCUCUAUGUGGGCAAGAUCCACUCGGACUCCGACGAGGGUGAUGGGGCCAUCAAGUACACCAUCUCGGGUGAGGGCGCAGGCACCAUCUUCCUGAUCGAUGAGCUGACAGGUGACAUCCAUGCCAUGGAGCGGUUGGACCGUGAGCAGAAAACCUUCUAUACGCUGCGGGCCCAGGCUCGGGACCGCGCCACCAACCGCCUGCUGGAGCCCGAGUCGGAGUUCAUCAUCAAGGUGCAGGACAUCAACGACAGCGAGCCCCGCUUCCUGCAUGGCCCCUACAUUGGCAGUGUGGCCGAGCUGUCCCCCACAGGCACAUCGGUGAUGCAGGUGAUGGCCUCGGAUGCGGAUGACCCGACGUAUGGCAGCAGCGCUCGGCUGGUGUACAGCGUGCUGGAUGGAGAGCACCACUUCACGGUGGACCCCAAGACCGGCGUGAUCCGGACUGCGGUACCUGACCUCGACCGCGAGAGCCAGGAGCGCUAUGAGGUGGUGAUCCAGGCCACAGACAUGGCAGGCCAGCUGGGCGGCCUCUCGGGCUCCACCACCGUCACCAUCGUGGUCACCGACGUUAAUGACAACCCGCCCCGUUUCCCGCAGAAGAUGUACCAGUUCAGCAUUAAGGAGUCGGCCCCCAUCGGCACAGCUGUGGGACGCGUGAAGGCCGAGGACUCAGACGUGGGUGAGAACACGGACAUGACUUACCAUCUCAAAGAGGAGAGUGGCACCGGUGGCCAUGUGUUCAAGGUCACCACGGACAGCGACACUCAGGAGGCCAUCAUCGUAGUGCAGAAGCGCCUGGACUUCGAGUCCCAACCGGUGCACACGGUGGUCCUGGAGGCCCUCAACAAGUUCGUGGACCCCCGCUUCGCUGACCUGGGCACAUUCCGCGACCAGGCGAUCGUGCGCGUGACAGUGACCGACGUGGACGAGCCCCCCGAGUUCCGGCCGCCCUCCGGCCUCCUGGAGGUGCAGGAGGACGCGCAGGUGGGCUCCCUGGUCGGCGUGGUGACUGCGCGGGACCCCGACGCCGCCAACCGGCCCGUCCGGUAUGCCAUUGACCGAGAAUCGGAUUUGGACCAGAUCUUCGACAUCGAUGCGGACACAGGUGCCAUCGUGACGGGCAAGGGACUGGACCGUGAGACCGCCGGCUGGCACAACAUCACGGUGCUGGCCAUGGAGGCAGACAAUCAUGCCCAGCUCUCCCGGGCAUCCCUAAGGAUCCGAAUCCUGGACGUGAACGACAAUCCCCCAGAACUGGCCACUCCCUACGAGGCAGCCGUGUGUGAGGACGCCAAGCCAGGCCAGCUCAUCCAGACCAUCAGCGUGGUGGACAGAGACGAGCCCCAGGGCGGGCACCGCUUCUAUUUCCGCCUGGUGCCUGAAGCUCCCAGCAACCCUCACUUCUCUCUGCUCGACAUUCAAGACAACACAGCCGCAGUGCAUACGCAGCACCUGGGCUUCAACCGGCAGGAGCAGGACGUGUUCUUCCUGCCCAUCCUGGUGGUGGACAGCGGGCCGCCCACGCUCAGCAGCACGGGCACGCUCACCAUCCGCAUCUGUGGCUGCGACAGCUCCGGCGCCAUCCAGUCCUGCAACACCACGGCCUUCGUCAUGGCUGCCUCCCUCAGCCCUGGCGCCCUCAUCGCCCUGCUGGUCUGUGUCCUCAUUCUAGUCGUGCUGGUGCUGCUGAUCCUCACCCUCAGGCGCCACCACAAGAGCCACCUGAGCCCCGAGGACGACGAGGACAUGCGGGACAAUGUCAUCAAAUACAACGACGAGGGUGGCGGCGAGCAGGACACCGAGGCCUACGACAUGUCGGCGCUGCGGAGCCUGUACGACUUUGGCGAGCUCAAG